AUCGUCUAUGUGGCUUGUACAAGGUAAUAGUUUAGUUUGUUUUGAAUUUAUAUUUUAUUUUUAUUUCUCUAAAUUUUACAUUCAUUUUUGUUUCUACUAUUUUGGGUGGAAUAAUUGCAUCUCUUUCUCACAUUGAUUCUUUGACACGUCUUCAUCCUCUAGUGCUGUCUGACUGUCCCAACAGUUGCCAAACACUGAAGAAACGGCUGACAUGUUACAGGCAGGCCACUAAGAUCACUAAUAAAUUGUUAUCAGGAAUUAUAGGACAGCCAUAACAUACAUAAAGCUCAUUGCUUGAUAGUGGCGUCAGCGUUAGAAAAGGCAAAAGUUUCAUUUGGAAAAUGGAGUAAGAAAUAGUUAAGAUCUCUACCAAGAUUGGGAUGUGAAAAGGAACCUUUCUCAUGAAAGGGACUAGCAAUGUGUAGCCUUGAGGUCUGUGGGAAGGCAUUAUCACCUGUUUUUCAUUCUACUAGUACACUGCGGCAGAAAUAAUAGCAGGGGGUUACAUAAAUGUAUUGGUCAUCAGGCAGGUUGUUUCAGGAAGAGGUCAUAUUGUCUCAUCUUCUAUUGAAUCACAGCAGGCUGCCUCUCUUUCACAGCCAGGCAAUAUAAUAUUGCUUUGGGUAUUCUCCGCAUCCAAGCAAAAGAUCUCAAAGGCCAGCCUUUCAUUGAAACAGGCAGGCAGCAUCAGCUCAAGGUCACAAUAGCCUAUUGUUUCUCCCCAGGUAGAUGUCAUCAGCAUGAUGUCACAGUGGCCAGUCUGUUCUCCAUAGGCAGGCAGCACUAGAAUGAAACCACAGUGGGUUUCUUUUCAACAUGCAGCCAAUGAACAGCAAGAAGUCAUAUUUCUUACUCUCUCAGUAUAAAGGCAGCAACAUGUAUAUGAUAUCACAAUAACACUUCCUCCCAUAGGCAUUAGUAUGAUGUCACAAUGGCCAAUCUUUCUUAAACUGGCAGUCAGCACCAACUUGUCAGCCUUUCCUCUCUGGACACAAUGUGUUUAUUAUUAUUUCUAAUUUAAAAACUGGAAAUGCAAAACUGGAAAUGCAUUGAUAAUAAAGCAUGUUUUAAUUUGAUACCUGGAUUUUUUUAUACCAGCCUUAUCAACCCUGGAAUGCCACUAAAGCAUAGAAAGUUGCUUUUGUAAAUUCUUUUUUUUUUCCCCACUGAAGGCACUCAGAGAAAACCUGUGAAAAUCUUAAGGCUUGCAUAAGAUGAUAUGGAAGGAGGCAUUCAUUAUUUAGAAAAUUAAAAGUGAUAAUAGGCACUUUCAAUUGGGCACAGUAGCCAUUAGUGUGAUGAGCAAGAUGUCACAUUGCUCAAUUUAUAUUGAAGUGAACAGAUUUUGCAUCGGGUCACAAUGGCCAAUCUCUCUUCCAAAGCAGGUGGCACCAGUAGGAAGCUGGCCAGGCUAGUCUUGUGGAAGAAGGAAGCAUGGCAUGAAACUGAUCAGUCAUUUCUUUACAGAUAGAAAGCAUUAGCAGGAUGCCACAAUAGACAGAUUGUUCUCUAUAGGGAGAUCACAUCUUCAAAAGUUGGUACUGACCACUCUCUUAGUGAAGUCAGCAGCAUCAACAUAACACAACAACCAGUCUCCUUUUCAUGGGGAGAUAGCAUCACUGCAAUAGGUCAUAAUGGGUUUCUCCACCAUAGGCAGGCAGCAUCAGCAGGAUGUCACAAUGACUAGUCUCUCCAGGGAGGCUGAAUUGCCAUGGGCAGCAUCUUGUUAAAAUAUUCAUCAGAUUGGAUGCAUCAGAGUGAGGUUUCCAGUACCCUUCUGAUCUUUCAGUCACUCCUCUCUUUGGAGCAGGUGGUAACAAUGGAAGGUGAAUCUUUCUUUCUCCCCCUCUCUGACUGUAGCUGACUAUGAAUAAUGUCGAGGUACAAUCACUUUUCCACUAGGAUGAGCAUAUAUACAGGAGGAUGUGGACACAAUUUGUACCAUAAAAGGCAGAAGCUGGGAACAGAGAGAAUGCAGUCAAAAGAUUUGAAUCUGAAGAAGAGAUUUUCCAUGGUUUCUCUGAGAUUUCUUCUAAGGCAACUACAAUCGGCUUAAAUAGUUCAAUGAAUGUCAAUACACUGUCAAUGAAACGAGUCUCACAUAAACGUGUCAGUCUUUUUUUCUUUGUUUCUGGCACAUAAACACUGAUAUUAAUCUGUAAAAUAUUGUUAGCAUUUGAACUGUUUCUGAAGAAAUUUAUUAUUUCUUUUAUUGUUCCAAGACAAUUCCUAACAGAAGAGUUUGAAAAUGUAUCACUCAAUGCAAGGUUCAGUUGAUGACUUGCACAAUAAAAUGUCUUCGUCUCUGGGCUUUUUAAAGAAUGGUGUUAUGCUCCUUUGGCUUCGUUUCAUGUUAGUUGUUCUGUCUUCAUGUGCUAUAGCGAGGCUGAAAGGAAUUUCACACAAAUAUCUAUGACUCUGACAUGACUUGCUUCUAUAUAUUUCUAAUACUCCAACUUGAUGUGGAUUUUUAUGCUCUACCAAUAACACUCUGCUUCCUUUCAAGCCUAAUCUUAAACUUAAACUGAACAGAAAUCCCCAACCAACUGUCAUUCUAAUUGUCAUUUCCAGAGUUCUAAAGCUAGGGCUCCUUACCCCUCCCCUACUCUUAAAGAUACAGGCUCUAAAUUACAUAUUCUGCCUUUGGAGGCAGCAUAUUAGUAGCAUAACUGUAAAGGUGUGUGUGAGGGAAGAAUCUUUUUUGAAUCCCACCGCUGCCACCAAUUGUGGAGAUGUUUGUGACAGGGAUGGAAUCCUUUUGAUCCCACCACACACAGUUACCACCAAUUGUAAUGAUGUCUUGAUGAUGAUUUUAAUUAAUUAUUUAUAUAUUUAAUUAUCUUUGCUGCCACAAAAUGGAGAAGAUGUCAGGCAGAGGACACUUAUUGCUUUUAAGCUUUCUUAUUUAUUUUACUUUUGAUGGUGAUGUUGCUUAGCUUAGGAUAUGAUUGUGACAGAGACUUAGAUGGAUUUAAAAAUCAAAACAAGUUUAUUGCAUGUACAAAGCUUAGUGGUUUCUAUAACUUUUUAAAGGCACUUAAAAUAACAGUUACAAAUAGAUAUGAGGUGUUCUAACUUCCAAAAUAUUUCCUUUCUCUCAAGACUAACUAAAAACUGAUCCUCUUGGAUCCACUGGGAUUAACUUCCCCUAAUCCACAGCCUCUAUAAAUAACCCUAAACAAGUCACCUAACUUGCUUAGUCUGGCCUAUUAGAGGUCUGCCUCCCUGGUUUCCUUAUCUGAAACCAGUCUGUCCCCUGUGACUAAAAAUCACAGACUAAGAUCCAAACUUCCCUGGUUUCCUUAAACUUGGAACCAGUCCGUUCCCUGUGACUAGAAAUCACAGACUAAGAUCCAAACUUCCCUGGUUUCCUUAAACUUGGAACCAGUCCGUUCCCUGUGACUAGAAAUCACAGACUGAGAUUUAAACUUCCCUGGUUUCCUUUCCAAACGGCGGUUGGCUCCGCCCCCGUUGUCAUGGCAACCUGUCUCACCAUGCUGAGCUGGUCACCCUCUGGCAUUAUCAGCUCUAAUACUUACCAUUUUAAACUUAACUAAACAUGACUGUUUAAACAAAAUCAAAUAAACAUGUCAUCUAUAAACAAAAUAAAAUCACACACUUCUUUACAAUAACUAACUUCAUUUUAACAUAGAAUAACUGUCAUAAUAAUAAUAAUAAUAAUAAUAAUAAUAAUAAUAAUAAUAAUAAUAAUAAUGGCGCAGACAGGAGAGCAAUGAGUCACUGACCAGUAGGUCAUAAGUUCGAGGACCGCUCAGAGCUAUGUUUGUUUGUCUUUGUCCUGUGUUAAAAAGGCAUUGAAUGUUUGCCUAAUAUGUGUAAUGUGAUCCGCCCUGAGUCCCCUUCGGGGUGAGAAGGGCGGAAUAUAAAUGAUGUAAAUAAAUAAAUAAAUAAAUAAUAAGGCAUUGAACCAAGCCAAUGCUGGAUCUGGACCAAACUUGGCACAUAAAGCCAAUGUGCCCAACAGUGUAUAUAGGCAGGGAUUGGGGAAUGAUUGCCCUUUUCAGUGGUAUUUGUUGUUUACCUGGAUCCAGAAAGCACUAAAGGCAGCCAACAUCAUAUCUGGACCAAACAUGUCCAACUGUGCAUACAGGACAGGCGGGGAUUGGGGGUUAUGGACCUUGGUUCUGGGAGUUGCAGUGCGCCCUUAUCCAGAGGGCAUUGAACCAAGCCAACGCUGGAUCUGGACUAAACUUGGCACAAUGAUUGCCCUUUUCCAAAUGGGAGCUGUUGUUUACCUGGAUACAGAGAGUCCCAGAAGGCAGCCAAUUGGUUCAACGCACUCCACUCCCAGCCACGAGUGUGGUGAGACUUCAAUGAACAGACGUGAAGGCCUGCCGAGUGCACGGGUGUGAAGGCCUAUUGUGGCCUCCAAAUGGUCUGUGGUGCAGUGGCAUCCUCUUUGGUGCCUGGGCUGUUGGCACACUCCCCUUCCUCUCCCAGCACUGAAGACUGAAACCAGAGGCAUCGAAAAGGAAAGAGAGUAUGCCGAGGGCUCAGGCACGGACAAGAGAGUACGCCGCUGUGCCACAUAACAGUAAGGCCUUCUCGUGGACCACCCUGAGAAUUUUAGGAGGGGGGCUGACGUCCCUCAAGCCCCCUGCCCCCCCCCCCCCCCCAAGCUCGAUGCCUGCCUCCCACCUAGGCUUUAUGGGCUCCCUCUUGGCCUUAAAUAUUUGUAAAUCUUUAUUUUUGAGAAUGGCUUGAUGGAAGGGUGUGUGUCUACCUGGGAUAGAAGGUUAGGAGAAAUAGUCUUCAAUGAGAUAAUGCCAUAAAUAAAUAAAAAUAUCUGUUCUUGCUGGAUGAUAUGAUGUGACAUGAUUAAUGUUCACUGUGACAAUGAAUGGCAAAAAGUUCAAUUUAUUGUAAAAAAAAAAAGUAGAAGUCUAAAGAUCUGAUGUGUGGUCAAGACCUCUAUACGCACUGGCCAUUGUAUGAAGCAUGAGAUCAUAUGUAGGAGGAGAGAAGGAGGGGGGGAUGUACUGGGGUAUAUCUGAGCACUGCAGAGAAGAGUCAUUUAUUCAAUGUUGUUAAAUAUUAAAUAUUAAUUAAACUAAUAUUCAAGUUUAAUUUUAACUAUGAGAAACAUCAUUGGUAGUUAUUAAACCAUAUUUAUAUGCAUUGCUGAGAUUCACUGAAUUAAAAUUCUAAACAUACUUUCUGGAAGAUGUUGAUUUGUGUAGUGCUUUGGUUCACCACUCUGAGAAAAGAGUUAAGGCAAGUGUGAGGUAUACAGAUUUUUGAAUAUAUCUGGCACAUAUAUUUAUUCACACAUUGCAGUUUUUUGGAAUUCCAAAAUCCUCCCAUUCAGAAUAUGAAAAAUUAUACAUUCAAAUUUUCUCUGAAAAAAGUUAUUCCCCAUCUGUAUUAUUUACAUUCAGUAAGCAUGACCAUUCCUAACAUGGAGUAGACAUGAUUGUGUAUACUAAGUAUGAGCAAAUUCUCGAUUUGUCUCUAAUUUUGGAUUAAAAUUGUUUUGUUCUCGCUUUUUGAUCCACUAUCCGACACGUGGUAUCACGGUGCAUCAAGCAUUGUAAUAUGAAGCAACAUUGGCCCUCCCUCGGAAUGGCUUUUAAUAUGUAUCAGGGUUAUUUUUCCAAAACAAUUUUUUAAAAUAUAUAUUUAAAAAUAUUUUAAAUAUUUUUUUUGCUACUGCAACCUAUCUUGAAUGGGAGAGCAGACCAGCCUAACAUGGCUGCUGCUCUCCAACCAAUCAGAGGAGUGCACGUGGACUCAAAAGUAGGGGCAAACGUCCUCUGUGUAUCCACGCAGCACUCCUCUAUAAAAUCCCAUAUUGGUGCUGGUCGGAGCCAUUCGGGGGUUGGCGAGCGCACGAGAAGGGUGACUAAGGGUGGCUUGGGCUGGGAAGCGGUCGGUUGCAGAAGGCGAGAGCAAGGGGAAGCGAAGCGAAGCUGCAAGCCAAGCAAGCUAAUAGAAGGGAGAGCAGAGCAAGAAGUGUGGCUUCUUGGGCUGGGAAGCGGACAAGGGAAAACUCUGGGCAAGCCAAGCUAAUAGAAGGGAGAGCAGAGCAUUGGGUGACGCCUAAACCAGUCUUGAGUGCUGCACUGCUGGAGAAGGGAGAGGGAGGUUAUUGUCACGGUCGGCUGUGCCAGGGUCUAGCUCGCUGUGGAGCUGCUGGUCCAUCUGUGUUCUAUUUGCAUUUUUUUAAAAGGAACAUAUGGCUCUCCAAGUUACAUAGCUUUGCCUUCUUCAAACUGUGAUCCACUUCCAAGACAAGGGAUUUGGGUUAUCAAAUCUGGUGGCACUUUGCAAGAACCACUAUUAAUUUCCAGUGUCCUUUAUGCAAAAAUAUCCAAAAAGGAACAUAUAAUUUUCCAAGUUACAUAGCUUAGCCUAAUUCAAACAGUGAUCCAUUUCCAAGCCAAGGGACUUAGCAACUCUGGGAGCACUUUGCGAGAACCACUAUAGAUUGCCAGUGUUCGUUAGGCAAAAAUAUCCCAAAAGGAACAUAUAGUUUUCAAAGUUACCUAGCUUUGCCUAAUUCAAACAGUGAUCCAUUUCCAAUCCAAGGGUCUUAGCAACUCUGUGUCAGGGUGCAACAAAGAACAGCAUCAUCAAAGCUGGUCUUCUCGCAACCUGACUACAAGAGGACAGAGGAAGGAGACCAUUUGGCGGGAUAGGCUGAUUUAUGACAGGGUCUGGUCUUCAAACGUGGGAAAGGACAAAAGGAAAGGGAGGUGUUGAUGGAGAAGGAGGAGGGGGGAGGCAACAACCCCAUAUACUGAGGGGAAAAGCGGAAGAGGGUCAGUAAAAGCUUUUGCAGUCAUCUUGGCAAGGCGGAUUCAAUAAAGUUUUCCAUUGCGACCAGCGGUGUGAGCCUAUUUCUUGGGUCCUACACCUUCCAGGAACGGACAUUAAGCUUUUACUCCCUUUUUUUUUUUUCGGCUCAUCCCGUGAGGAAAGGUCUCUCCGGUGAGAGCAUGAACCCUGAUGGAGGAGAAACCAUGAAGGAAUUCCUCUUCCUGGAAGAAGAACAGGCGAACCCUCGAGGUGCCGAGGAGUUGAGAGAGGAAAGGAACCCAUCGCCAGCGUUGAGCGAAGGGGGGACAGACCCCUCGGACCUGUCGUGGAAGCCGCUGACCUCCACCCAGUUACCCGCAGGAAGGGGAGUGACGGUGAGACGGAAGAUCCAGAUGGGAGGAGAUUGGCAGCGAGACGGAGAGGGAGCCCCGGAGAUGAGAAGGAUGGAGAGGAGAUUAGAUGCGAUGGAGAAAAUGUUUGAAACUUUCUCUCGACAGAUGGAUCUGAUGCAGCGGCAGGUAAACGAGUCCUGGAGGGCGACAGUCGAGCAACGGGAGCAGAGGAGAGGGCUGCCCGGGAGAGGCACUGGACCCCGUCCCUUUGCCGGGGAGGGUCCACAGGACUAUGAGGAUGAGAUGCCUCAGCAGGGGACAUCAGUUUUCCCCACGGGCCUGUCAGGAAGGAGCCAAAUGCCUGGGAAGGGAGAAUUUCGGGUGAAGUUCAACGGGGACCCCAAACAGCUGUCUUAUUUCAUUACAAACGUAAGACACUUCAUGGAGGAUUUUGGGGACCACUUCCCUUCAGAAAGCGCAAAAAUCCACACGGUGGGGGCAAACUUGAAAGAAGCAGCUGCAGACUGGCUAAUGCAGAUGUAUGAUACUGGUGCCCGGGAGCUGGCCUGCCUGGAGGAUUUCCUAAGAGCCCUCCGUGAGAGAUUCGAAGACCCUUUGGCAGAGGAGAGGGCGAAGGCCCAACUCAAAAGGAUAUACCAGGGAGGAAAGACGGUGUCAGAAUACGCCCUGGAAUUUAAAGCCACAGCGGGGAAGAUUAGGGACUGGUCCGACACCACCAAACUGGAAUAUUUCAGGGCUGGUUUACGCUCUGAGGUGCUCGAGUGGGCUUUACACAGAGGAAAUCCAAGAGACUUGGAGGACUGGAUUUUGUUAGCGGGGCGCGUGGAGAUGGACCAACAGCAAAUCUCUCGUCGUCCAAGGGAGAGCAACAGAAUCAAACCCCCGACAGCAGCAACACGGCGCUUCUCCCCUCGUCGCGGAAGGUCGACCAGCAGGGAGAGGAGAGCAGGGAGGGGGGCCUGCUUCGCUUGCGGCCGCGAGGGACAUCGAGCGGCAGAGUGUCCGAAAGGGACAGGCGUGGAGACAAAAGGAGAGAGGCUUCACAGCCAGAAGCCGCCCCACCAGAACUCCAAACUAGCAAAAGGGAAAGCUGCCAUGGCAACGGAAACGGCUUUAGCCCCAGGGCAGCUUCAGGCAGAAGAGAUGGAGGAAGCGGAGGACCUGGAGUUACCGGGAAACGACCGGGAUCUGUUUUGAACGCCCGGAAACAGAUCGAACCACCAGAGGGCGAAGGGGGUGAGUUGAGAAGAGUAAAUUGUGACAUUGUGAGAGUCAGAGUGAGGCUGUUGAACCCAGAGACAGGGAUUCAGGUAGAGGCAGAUGCUAUGUUGGACUGUGGGUGCACGAGAUGCCUAAUUACUCCCGAACUAGCAAACAGGUUGGGGGUGGAGCCAAACCCACUGAAGACACCAGUAGUCUUCGCACAAUUGGAUGGAAGCCCAGCAUACGGAGUCCCAGUAACAGAAAAAACAGGGUUUUUAAGAAUGACUAUGGGUUCUCAUGCUGAGACAUUGCAAUUUGUGAUUUCAACAAUGGCACAUCAGCCAGUCAUUUUGGGCGUUCCUUGGCUGAGAUGGCAAAACCCUCAGAUUGACUGGAAAAGGGAGACAUUUACUUUCUGGGAUGGGAAUUGCAAUUUUGAGAGUACCCCGAAAGACAUAGAGGUACUGGAGCCAGAGGGGGCGAUAGCAGCCAUGU